AUGUCUUCUCGCAGUUCCGAGCAGGUGGGCGGUUGGGAUCUGUCUCAGUUUGAUGAGGCUGCGCCGGUUUGUGUUGAUGGUGCUGCGUCUGUUCUUGAUGCUGAUUGCGGUGUUGAUUGCGAUGCUCAGGGUGAUGAUGGCCGCGAAGAGGAUCAUGAUCAUGAUCUGACUGAUGGUCAAGACGAUGGGCCAAAGGAUGAGCCAAGCGAUAAGUCAAGCGACGAUCGCAACGAGGAUCAGAGCGAUGCUCAGACCGACGACCACGACAACGAGCCAACCGACGACGCUCAGACCGAAACCACCGAUACCCCGACCGAAGACGCGCACAGCGACCAGCCCGCCUCAACCGCCACCCACGACGACGACUUCCUCCACGAAGUCGCGCAAUGGCACGCCUACUUCCAGCACGAAUGGCACACCCACGGCGGAAUCCUCCGCUGGAUGACCAACCGCGCCCUGCCGGCGGCCGGCGCUCUCGCGCUGUCCAUGCUGCGCACGACGCCGGCCAUGUACGCGCUGCACGCCACGCACAUCAGCUCGUACCUGACCACCCGCGACGACGACGACGACGCGGCGGCGUGGCCGCUGCGGUUCCGCUUCACGGACCAGCUGACCGAGAUGGAGUGGAUGGCCGCUCUGCUCAUCGUGCUGGUGCUGUGGCACCAGCAUCUCUUCAAGCUAAUCCUCCACGGGUACCGGACGACGCGGUCCGGCGCCACCCUGUACCUGGACGUGCUCGGCCUCCUGUCGUGCGUGUUCUGCAUGACCGGGCUGAACGGCUGGGUCGUCGGGCAGAUCUACGGCCUGACCUUCGCGAUCAUGCACAUCCAUCUGCUGUGCUUGUUCGCGCUGUAUGAUACCGCCGUCUGGGCGAGAGAGUGCGCCCGCGGGCUGCGGGGUCAGGACGAUAUUGUGGUGGAUGUUGUUUGGGAUGGUGAGGGUGAUGAUGAUGAUGAGGAUGAGGAUGAUGAGGAUGAGGAUGCGCGCCGGGACUUGGCUAUGCUUCUUGAUUUCUGCCAUAUUGAAUUCCACUGUCCUUCAAUGCAUCGGCACAAGACUCUUGGAACUUGA